AUGGGUGAACAACUGGUGGUUAUUUCUGGUGGUACAGCUUCAAACUCAUUAGUUAAUCUGUUUCAAUCAUUAUCCCCUAAAACUACAUACAUCCUACCAGUUUCUGAUAAUGGUGGUUCAACUUCUGAAAUCCUGAGAGUACUUGGUGGUCCUGCAAUUGGUGAUUUAAGAUCAAGAAUAACUAGAUUGAUACCUGAUGGAGGUGGGUUCAAAGAAUUGUUAAGUUAUAGAUUAUCUGAAGAUAGUGAAGAGGCUAAACAUGAAUGGACACAGAUUGUGGAAGGUCAACAUGAGAUUUGGAAUAAUUUAGAAAUUCAAUGUAAAGAAAUGGUUAGAUCAUUUUUGAUUCAUGUUCAUAUGGAAUUAUUGAAAAAAUCAAGAAAUCCAUCAACAAAUUUCAAAUAUGAAAUGGCAAGUAUUGGGAACUUACUUUUAACUGGUAUUAGAUUAUUUGUUGGAUCUUUAGAUAGUGCAAUUGAAUUAGUUUUAAGAAUGACAAGAGUCUCUCCUAAUAUCAAAAUAUUACCUUGUUUAAAUACAAAUUAUACAUAUCAUAUAAGUGCACAAUUGAACAAUGGAGAAGUAAUAACUGGUCAAUCUCAAAUUUCACAUCCAAAUGAACCUAUAUCCACAAUAAUGAGCUCAUCAACUUCAGUUCAUAAAAUUUAUGAUCCUGUGGCAUUACAUGAAAAUCAUGAAGAUGUUCCAUAUCAACACCCAGAUUUGGCUAAAUCACAAUUACAUUUCUCUAAAGAGGUUAAUCAACCUUUAAAUUCACCAAUUGAUAAGAUUUUCUAUAUAAAUCCUUAUGGUGAAGAAAUUCAUCCACAAGCAAAUUCAAGAGCUAUUCAAGAUAUAAAUGAUUCAAAGGCAAUAAUUUAUUCCAUAGGUUCAUUAAUGACUAGUACAAUACCUGUGCUUAUAUUAAAGGGGAUUGGGAUGUCAAUUUUUAAAUCAAAAUCUCCAAAGAUCUUAUUAUUAAAUGGGAAUCAUGAUCGUGAAACUUCUGGACUUGAUGCUUUUGAUUUCAUUUUAACAAUAUGUAAAGCCGUGAAUUAUAGUAUUAGUGAUGAAGCAGUUAAAUUAAACUACACAGAUAUAAUCACACAUUUGAUGUUUAUGGAAAACCCAGAGAUCAAGGUUAGACAAGAUGAUAUUGAAGCAGUAGGUAUUAAAUGUAUUAAAGUAUCAAAAGACCCAAUGCUUGGAGAUGAUCUUAAAAUUUAUGAUUCUAAUGAUUUACAACAAAAAUUAUUAUCAAUAGUUAAUCAAUAA